AGGGUGUGCUGCGUGUCUCUUCCCGGGCCGGGCCGAUAUGAAGCAUGACCAAGACGCAUCGUCUGACUCGGGGGUCCCACCACGGGUCCCGCAGCGGGGUGGAGGUUCCAGGCUGAAACCUCCCCAGGUUUAUUGCGAGUUCAACAGAGUGGUGGGGAAAAAUCUCAAGGACAACUUCUUCGAUGCACUUGACCGUUUCUCUCCGAGCCUGAUGGACCUCUUCAGGAAGAAGAAGGGUGUCACUGGCCAAUUUCUGUCUGAGCUUUUAAGUCAGACAAAGACCACUGAGCCAACAGAUGCCUUUGUGUUCGGGGACUGCCAAUCAUCUUGGGGGAUGAGCCUUCUGCCUUCUUCAAGACCUGCACCGAUGCGGCUGAUAAGGAGGUGUACAGUCAAACUCCACUGGGAAUCCUCUGUCGGAGAAAAUCCUCAGCUCAACCCAUCCAGUGUGGCAAUCGUCUUGGAGGGGAAUGUGGUGAUGGAUGGACCGGCUAACCUGCCUCAGGCCUUCUGUGUCCUGUUCAGACUCAUUUAUGCCCUGCAACUGGAGUGCAUGAAAAACACUUUCCACUUUGCUCAGCAGGUGAUAUUAAAACUUGGUAAAGUUGAGCUGGCACCCAAAAUUCAGACUUUGAAAAAUCAGCUUACAUUGUGAAACGGGGUUCUGAAAAGUUGGCUACUGUUACAUAUGGCAAGUAUUUAGGCUUCCAUAUUGCAUUUUGUUGUUGUUGCAUGUUUGCACUGUUUGACCUAUUAAGCUUGUUGGCAUUUCCAUUUGUGUUUUAUUCUAUAAACUACUGACAACAUCUCUCCCAAAAGUCAUUUAGAGCAUUUAUUUGCAGAAAAUUACAACUGGUCAGAAUAACAGAGAAAAUGCUGUGUUUUCAAACCUCAAAUGAUGCAAAGAAAACAAGUU